AUGCCAGCUUCCGUGCAGGCACGGCUCUGCGUCGGAAAUACUCAGAGCGAGCUCUCUGCUCGGUCCCUCUGCUCUCUGAAGUUUGAGCCUGGCCCCGUUGAGACUGCCUGCUGCACAAGCGCUGCCUGGGCUGCAGCUUCCCUCUCCGCUGCAACCCUCCUUUCAUGUGCCCUGCUGUUCUGUAGGUCAUUUGAUGUGAACCUGCGCGCCGUGCUCCAAGUGUCCCAGAUCGUGGCCCGGCAGCUGAUCGCACGGGGGGCGCCUGGAGCCAUUGUGAACGUCUCCAGCCAGGCCUCCCAGCGGGCUCUGCAGGGCCACACUGUCUACUGUUCGACAAAGAGUGCCCUGGACAUGCUGACCAAGAUGAUGGCGCUGGAGCUGGGGCCGCACAAGAUCCGCGUCAAUGCCGUGAACCCCACCGUGGUGAUGACCGACAUGGGCCGCGUCAACUGGUCGGAGCCCCAGAAGGCUGGUGCCAUGCUCAGCCGCAUCCCACUGGGGAGGUUUGCAGAGGUCGACGAUGUGGUGAACAGCAUCCUCUUCCUGCUGAGCGACCAAAGUGCCAUGACUACAGGCGCCCUCCUGCCUGUGGACGGGGGGUUCCUUGCCUCCUAG